AUGGCUACUAGUGACCUCGCGUACUCUGUUGACCAGGGAAUUACAGAUUUUUUCGAGAAGACUGCAGUGACUCGCUCAGCGUGUGAAGCUUUUGCAAGGGAGCAUCUUGGUGGGAAUAUCGUUCCGGUGCCCGUGCAAGGUGUAUGCAGCUAUACCGUCUAUGCAGGACCCAAUGCCGAGUCCGUCGUCCAAUUUCGCCUUGCGUCUCUACAACUGUGUAUGGAGAUUGGAAAACUUGCCCGAAGCAUCUACGGCCACUUUGCGCCUCACGUGAGGUUUUUGGGGCAGAUUGGAGAUAAUAUCGAGAGGAAAGAACCUCUUUACAUCUAUGCCAUGAGCCGAGUACGAGGCAUCAGUUAUCUGGAUUUUAUUCUGGCACAUAACAGUCAGGUGCCCGAAAAUUCACCUGAGUUUUCUUCAUGGCGCAAGAAUCUUGUAAUUGAUAACGCGAAGUUUUUCGCUCUUUUAUGGAAAAGUCCUCAACAUGUUGAUCGAACGUACCGUGACAACUUGUACCAUCGAUACCAAGAAGAACUGGAUUCACUGCUUGUUUCUCUCCCAUAUCGCUUCCACCCGUUAAUCCAAGAGUCUCUCAACUUAUUGCCGACCAUUUUCUCUCUCCCUAUGGUGCUACUUCACAGAGACUUCGGUGUCUGCAACAUUUUCGUGAACGAAACGUCUUGCAAUUUGGUUGGGGUGGUUGAUUGGACCGAAGCAGAGAUUGCGCCAUUUGGCUUGAACCUAUACUCUCACCAACGACUAAUAAGUAAGAUCCACCUCAAAAAUGGUUGGGUUCGGUUUGACGAUUACAUCACUUUGGAGAACAUAUUCUGGAGCACAUUCACCAAGGAAGCGGGAGGGUUGAGCAGUAACACAAUCAGAGCCAUUAAAGCAGCCAGAAUUACAGGCCUACUACUAUCCCGUGGCUUCACAAGUCGUCUCGCGAAUAUGCCGAAGCCAGUACCUAUUCGAGAUGAUGAAAGCGGAGCAUAUAACAUGCGUGAUCUGGAUGGGCUGUUAAUUAACCCAGCUACAAGAUUUACUGAUUUAGCAUAG